AUGAGUGACACUAAUAAUUCGAGCGACAACAGCAAGAAUGUUGAUAUGAAGGAUUCACAGACUCAAGAAGUCACCAAAAGUGACCCCCUUCGAAAUUCCACGUCAAAAUCAAUUGGAGUCCGAAAAGCCGAAUUGAUGUUGAAGCAGUAUCAACAUCCAGGUCUUAAGAUUCUUGUGUACUUCUGUAUUUUUAUAAUUGGAUAUGCAUAUAGUAUCGAUGGGUCGCUCAGAUACACUUUUCAAGCCUAUGCUACUGCUUCUUAUGGUCAACAUUCGCUUAUUUCCACCGUGGGUGUCAUUAGAGCAGUUGCAGCUGCCGCUUCUCAGCCUACUUAUGCCCGAUUAUGUGACAGAUUUGGAAGAAUUGAACUCUUCGUAGUAUCUAUUUUAUUUUAUGCAUUGGGUACUGUAAUCGAGUCGCAAGCGUAUGACGUUCAGAGAUUUGCUGGUGGUGCGGUCUUGUAUCAAAUUGGGUAUUCUGGUGUACUUUUGAUCCUUCAGGUUAUGUUGGCAGAUUUUUCAACCUUGAACUGGAGAUUCUUUUGUUCUAUCUUGACAACCACACCUUUCAUUAUCAACUCUUGGGUUAGCGGUAACAUUUUAGACUCAUUAUAUCCCAAAUACUCCUGGAACUUCUGUAUUGGUAUGUGGGCAUUCAUUUUCCCAUUGACUUGUAUCCCAUUGCUUUGUUGUUUGUUCCAUAUGCAAUCUCUUGCCAAAAAGAAGGACGAAUGGAAACAAAUACUUUCUGAUGAGAAAGAAAACCACUCGGAAUGGACUUGGGAGAAGACUGGAACCUUUAUUGAAAGUACUAAAGCGUUCAUUUUUUGUCAAGGAAGAAUUCUAAAGAGUCUUUUCUGGGAAAUCGAUGCAAUCGGUAUCAUGUUCAUUAUUUGUAUAUUUGGUUUCAUUUUGGUUCCGUUCACUCUUGCUUCUGGUGUUACCGAUAAAUGGAGACAAGCCUCGACAAUUGCUCCUCUUGUUGUUGGUUUUGUUCUUAUCCCAUUCUUCAUAAUCUGGGAAAAGAAGUAUGCUCGCUUCCCCGUGGCGCCAUUUGAGCUACUCAAAGACCGGGGUGUCUGGGCUGCACUCAUCGUGGGUGUUAUGAUUGACUGGGUUUGGUAUAUGCCAAAUGAUUUCAUGUACACAGUUUUGAUGGUGGCCAUGAACCAAUCGCAAAAGGCAGCCAUGAGAAUCACAAUGCUUGAUUCAUUUGUUUCUGUUCUUGUUGGGCCCAUGACCGGUCUUUUGAUUGCCAAAGUCAGAAGAACUAAGGGGUUCAUCAUGUUUGGGGUUUCAAUGUGGUGCAUUGCUCUUGGUUUACUUCUUCAUUUCAGAGGUGAUAACAAUGGAAUUAAUUCACAAACCUCAGUUAAUGGGGUGAUUGGUGCUCUCUGUGUUAUGGGUAUGGGAACUGGGUUUUUCACUUAUGUUACACAGACUUCGAUUGCCACUUGUACUAACCAUGAGCAUAUGGCUGUUGUCAUGGCUCUUUAUAUGUCAUCAUACAACAUAGGAUUGGCAUUUGGUGCAUCGAUAUCGGGUGCCGUAUGGACCAACCUCAUGUACAAGCAAAUUGUCAAAGAGAUGGAAAAGGCUGGUAUUGAUACGGCGCUUGCAACAUUUGCCUAUGGGUCUCCAAUUGGAGCUGGGGGAUUCAUUCAAGAAUAUGUUUGGGGAACCGCUGAACGAAUUCCUGUAGUCUUGGCGUAUGCUCAUGUUCAAAAGAUUCUAUGUAUCGUUGGACUUAUAUUAGUUUUCCCAAUGCUUAUUGCCACACUCUUCCUUAGAGACCAUAAACUUGUGUCGGUUCAAAGUCUUGAGAAGGGAUCACUGGGUGAAGGAGCUGUGGUUAAUAAAGACGAUGAUGAUUAUAUUAAAAGAAAGUUCAUGACGUUUGUGGGAAAGAAAUAA